CCAGUCAGGUCGAGAAGAGAGAGAAACCGCUGGAGAGACUUUUCCCCCCCAGACAGCAGAAGAAGAAGAAGAAGAAGAAGAGAACCGGACUGUAGAUUAAAACAAGACAAACCCCAUUAAAAACAGGAGGACAGCACCUUACCGGGGGGGGGGGGAAAGCUCCGCUGUCAUUUUGAACUCUGCCGGCUCUGAAGCUCCGUCUCCGGGGCGACAGACUUCACCCACACCCCGCUCUCCCUCUCUCUCUCUCUCUCUCUCUCGGUCUGCAGAGUAGCUAACCCCCGCUAGCCUCUCACGGUCUGUUCUCACCGGGGAAACCGCGACUUCUCCGUGGGAGGGGGGGGGGGGGGUGGCUGUCAUCUUCACAUCAUCUUAUCACCUCCGAACAAUGAGCUGCUCCACCCUGAGUGACUUUUUACACCCGCUGUCGGGUUUAAAAAACACUUUUCCGGGCGAAUUCCAGUGACGUGGGGGAAGACGGAAGGAGGAAGGAGAGUCUACGAAAGCUUUGAUUUCACAUUCACAUUCACACGGAUUACUUUCUUUUGUUUGUUGUUGUUGUUGUUGCCCUAAGGUGGAGAUAAAGAAAACACAACUAAAUCCGUCCUGGUUACAACACAAACCAGCCAGUUAGCGAUGUUUAUUUGUGGCCGGAAAGUAUUUUCCAGUGUUUACAACUUCCAAAGUGGGACUCUUUCCUGGUUCGAGUGCUGCAACGGGAACAUUAGCUAACACAGACUAGCUCAGAUUAGUGUCUCCGUGUUUUUAUAGAUAGAUAGAUAGAUAGAUAGAUAGAUAGAAAUAACAAAAAGUCAGCUGUUGAUUCUUGCACCUUGUAGACACCGCGCUGGGUUUCUCUACCCACCUGGGAGACACGAAGAAGAAGAAGAAGAAAACACCCUCCUCUUGUCAGUGCAGUCACGUUGAUUUGAUCCAUUGAUCGGAUCGUUAUUGUGGUGUUUUUUUAAGCUGAUUUAAGGAGGAAGAAGAAGAAGAAGAUGUCGGGCCAGUCUAUCACGGAUCGGAUCGCAGCAGCUCAGCACAGCAUGACCGGGUCUGCGAUCAGUAAGGCUGUGUGCAAAGCCACCACACAUGAAGUGAGCGGACCCAAGAAGAAACACCUGGACUAUCUGAUUCACUGCACCAACGAGAUGAACGUGAACAUUCCCCAGCUGGCCGAUACGCUGUUCGAGCGCACGGCCAACUCCAGCUGGGUGGUGGUCUUCAAAGCCCUGAUCACCACCCACCACCUCAUGAUGUACGGCAACGAGCGUUUCAUCCAGUAUCUGGCCUCCAGAAACACUCUGUUUAACCUGAACAACUUCCUGGAUAAAGGAGCUCUGCAAGGUUACGACAUGUCGACCUUCAUCAGACGAUAUAGCCGCUACAUGAACGAGAAGGCCAUGUCCUACAGACUGGUGGCUGUGGAUUUCACAAAGAUGAAGAGGGGGAUUGACGGUGUGAUGCGCACCAUGAGCACAGAGAAGCUGAUCAAGACGCUGCCCAUCAUUCAGAACCAGCUGGAUGCUCUGCUGGAUUUCCAGGCCAACCCUAACGAGCUGACCAACGGAGUGAUCAACUCCGCCUUCAUGCUGCUCUUCAAAGACUCCAUCAGGCUGUUUGCUGCUUACAAUGAAGGGGUUAUCAACCUUUUGGAGAAAUACUUUGACAUGAAGAAGAACCAGUGCAAAGACGCGCUGGACAUCUAUAAGAAAUUUCUUUACAGGAUGACCAAGCUGUCGGAGUUCCUCAAAGUGGCCGAGCAAGUUGGAAUAGAUCAGGGUGACAUCCCAGAUCUCUCACAGGCCCCCAGCAGCCUUCUGGAGGCUUUGGAGCAGCAUUUGGCCUCUCUGGAGGGCAAAAAGACCAAGGAGUUAAAUGCAGACACCAGAGCGUCCACCCUGUCCAGCGCCGUCUCGUCCCUCUCCUCCACCGGCAUGUCGUUCAGCCGCAUGGACGAGAAGGAGAAGCAGCAGGCCCUGGAGGAGGAGCAGGCCAGACUGCAGGCUCUUAAGGACCAGCGGCUGAAGGAGAUUGGCGUGCAUACUCCGCCCUCUGCCUCCCCCAGCAGUCAGUCGAUAGGCAGCGCCAACAACAACCACAUCGCUCCGACACCAGAGCUGUUCAGCUCCGCGCUGUCUGCCAACAGUGUGCCCAAUCUGAACAGUGACCUGUUUGAUCUUCAGCCGGCCUUCAUCCCCGCUGUGCAGAGCAAUCCUUCCAUCUCCAACGCCAACAGUGCCUGGGGAGGAUUGGAGAGCCAGCAUCUGCAGCAGACCACCCCGGCCAUGACUGUAGAUUUCGAUGCUGUGUUUGGGAAUAAGACAACGCCAAGUAACAACGGCACACAACCUGCAGCCGGUUUCGAUGCUCUCGGCGACCUGUUGAAGCCCACGAUUCCCACGCACUCUGCACCUCCUCCUCCUCAAAUGGCCAUCCAUCCCGGAGGAAAGCUGCUAGCCAACGACCUCGACUCCUCUCUGGCCAACCUCGUGGGCAAUCUGCAGUUCGGUGGGACCCCGGCCAAGAAGCCAGAGAUGCAGUGGAGCCAGUCCGGGGAGAAGAAGCUGACGGGGGGCCAUAACUGGCAGACUAAGACCAUGUCGACCACACAGUGGGGCCCGGCGCCCAUGGCCCCGCAGCCUAUGCCUGUACAACACGUGAAUGGAAUGUUCUAUACUAGUUAUGCUCCAGCCCCCAUGGCUUUUCCCAUGACCACACCGCAAGUGCCUGUGUAUGGAAUGGUCCCUCCCCAGAUGGGUCAGAUGGGCGGGGUACCGAUGAUGGCUCCUCAGCCAAUGAUGUAUAACCAGCCUGUUCUCAGACCCACCAACCCCUUCGCACCCAUGCCGGGAGCCCAGGUCAGCUAUCCUGUAUUUGUGACUUCAUACACACAAAACGAUACCUUUGCUACUGAAAAGAUGCAGUUUAUGUAAUCCAGUCAGGGGGGGGGAAGCAGAGUGCCAAAAGCGACAAACAAACAAACACACAGAAGAAGAAAACACACAAGAGGAAACGAUCAGACGGACGGACGGAGGGAGGAUUUAAUCAAACUAAAAUGACUAAGAGACAGUCAAGAUAACCAACCAACACCAAAAACAACGGAAAGAGGAGAAGAAGACCGAAGAGCGGAGCAGGGGGGGCGGAGGGCGGGGAAGAGGUCAUCUUUACUGGUCGUUGUCUGAAACAACUUCUUGCCUGUGUGUGUGUGUGUGUGUGCAUGUGAGCGUGUGUUGCUACUUUCUGUUUGAUAAGUUUUUAAAUCCUAUCGAUGGAGUGAUGAUUCAGACGACUGAAUACAGACGAGAGAGAAAGAUAAAGAGGGAGGAUGACGGAGGAAGAGGGGAUCAUACCUCUGGUUUAGCUUGUUAGAGUUCUGCUGCAGAAUUAGCUUUAUUUCAAACUGGUGCUAUUUUGUCCCCUUCGGCUCACCGUCCGCCUGCAACGGCACAUCGGGAGGUCAUAUAGGGGGACAAGUGUUUAAUGUGCGUGAGUGUGUACUGUAAAGAAAUGAACAGCAGUUGUUUCAGACAACCGACCUCCCCCUUCGUUUGCCACCUGCGUCCACAAUUGUCCAAUCAACGAGACAUUAUCCAAAACGUCUCAAGUGUGUUUCCCGCGGUUUUCCCCUCUUUUGGGAUAUCUUUGUAUUUUUCGAUCUGUUUUCUUCUGCCGCCUCUCCUGAAUGUUUGCGGGGCUUGUACAGCGAUUUGUUAAACCAUUUGUUGAUAGUAGUUGAGCGUUUGUUGUCAAGAGUUAAAGUCUUUGUUACUCAUACUGCGUUUUUUUUUCUUCUCCCGAAGCUACAAGUACACACAGGGAAAAACAGGGUUAAACGCUAACAAUGCUAGCGAGCUUACAAAGUCGUCUAAAUUGGAUUCAAAGCAACAUUUGGGAUAUUUUUCUGAAGACCUGGUCACAACACAAAGUGGUACGGUGAAAGUCAACCAUGUGUUUUUAAGAAACGUGUAGUUUUUAGAAGAACGCUAAUGCAGUGACGACCGCUGACGCUAGCUAAACUACUGUAGCUGUUAAGCUAGCCUGCCAAGGACAUGCUUGGGCUAGUCAGUCUGAACUUCUCUCUGUUUUCUUUUCACUGUGUCAUAUAUGGCACUCUGUUCUCAAGAUUGUACAUUUAAGUUAAAACAGAGUUAUUAAAAGGAGGGACUGAAAGUAUUUUAGCUAGCUAGUGUUCUAACUAGCAUGCUAAAUAAGAUGUAUUUUUAUCUUGGUAGCUAACAGGACAAUAUGUUCACGCAGAAAGGACGUACUUUCGUGUUCUACAAACUAUUCCUCAUUUGUUGAGCCAGGGGCUUCUUAGCUAGUAAGCUAGCUUUGUCCAUUCUUAGCUCUCCGUGUGACCCAAGUUAAGAGCAGUCAGAUGGAGUUAACCAAAGUUGGACUACUGAAAAGAUAAUUUGCCCAGAUAUAAAUUUUGCCCCGAUGAGUAUAUCAACCAUUACUUUAAAUGUAGCUUACUUCCCUUAACUUUAUGCACGUUUGUCAUGACAAUUUUGGCUGCAGUUUCUCAAAGAAGAGCGUAAAUUGAGGAAUUUAGUCGUGCUAAAGAGUCAGCAGCGUGCUUGAAGUGUAAUUAGCCCGCUAACUGCCUGUUAGUCCCUGGUUGACCUUGUGUGUAUCUGUUCUUCAUGUCCUCAUCAGCUCACCAAUCGGAUUCAGACGUCUUUGGUUUCUAAAUAAAGCGCUUUUUCAUCAGGUCCACCCUUUAGAGAGGUCCAUAUUAUGUGCCAGUGAUUGAUGACAGCAGCACUGAGUGAGUGAUUAAAAAGUUACUGAAUCAAGUUGAAUUCACUUUAAAUUGCACUGAAUCAAAGAGAGUGGCUUUAAGUGCACCUCUGUCUGCAGAGAGAGCCAAAUGACUCUGAACCUUUGGCAUCCCCCUCGCUCCCUUGGUUCCAGGUUAAUUUAAGGAUCAUAUUUGACUUUUUUAUGAGGUCAAAGGCCGUUCCUCAGCCAAAGCAUCCGUCGCCACGAGUUUGACUGUUGGGGACAUGUGUCCAUAUGCAUUUUUAUUGUGUGUUCACGUGUGUGCUAACACAUUUAUGUGUUUGUUUUCCAUUGAGGGCUAUUUUCUGAGGGUCAAAUUGCGUCAAAUUUCGAGCCAGAAUUUGAGCCAGGAAGUUUGACGUGAAAAUGUGCUUGUUUGUUUUUUGUAAAAAAAAAAAUCAAAUUUUGUUGCAAAAUGCACAUGCAAAAAUUUUGCACUGAAGUGACUAUCCUGCCGUAACGGAGCUGUCGCCAGUUAACCUGGCGAGGAAAAAGUUGAGAAAGAGAUCUGUAGGGAAUGAUUUCAGUUUUUACAACAAGAAGUUUGUCUAAUCUACCAGCCACUGUGGCAGGUAACUCAAAGUUAUUUUCCUGCCAUUCUAACAACUUGAAACUUUUUGUAGUCCCUUCCCUGACCCCUCCCCCGUCCAGUGUCUCUAUCCCGAUCAUCACGAUAGUCCGAUUGAAAUCUCUAGAAUCUCGCCUCUCAACUCUGUCUAGUUGGUCUAUCUCUAAAAAGCUUUUUAGCCUGCUUCGUCACUGUUUGAUAUGUGUAGAUAUGUAAAAAACAAAUAGUGAUACUAACCAGUUUCUGUCUAGAUUGUCUGCACCCACCCAUCACUGUUGCUGUUGGAUAGAUAUUGCUGUUAGAUGCUUCUUGUUGCAGUCUUGUGUUAGCCUAGCCUUUCCUCGUAGUAUCCUCCUGCAGUAGGUUUCCCACCUUGUCUUCACCACUGCAAACGUCUCUUAACUAAAGCUCUAUUAUCUCUCUUGGUGUCUCUGUCUUUUAGCUGUAGACGAAACCUUUCCGAGGCUCCCGGGCUCAGGCUUUGUGGUCCGCUCUUCGCUCGCUUCGAGUGCGCUCUUUCUUCUCACUAUUAGCAUCGCUCCAGUGUCUGGUAGAUAAGUUCCUCGACACCCCCCCCCCCCCCCCUCCUCCUCGACAACAUCAGCCAUCCUCACAACUUGUUAUGAUGUCAGCAGCCUAUAAACGGUCUCUGAUUGGACUGUUGAGCCUAGACAGUGAAUCAGAAAGCUUGGAUAUUCAGAUUUUUGUGACAUAAUGGGGAUUUGCUGCCAACAGAACAAUGGAUCCCACCACGGUUUUAGAACGAAACAUUAGCUAAAUGCUAAUAUUUAUGAAGACUUCUGUAUAUGAAUACAGAAUCUUAAGGAUAACCAUCCGUUUGAAGAAGUUGCUAGUCAGACUGUAAACAUUGACCAUCCCACAAAACAAGAAGCAUUCGCCCAGAAAUCCUUUUUGCCUUUCCAAGCAAUCACUGGCUACAACAGAAAUCUGGAUACGUUGGUUAUCGUUCCCAGAGAGUUCAUUGUAGUCAGAUGACAGCCAGUGUUUCCAAGAUUGGCCGAAUGCUAGCGCUUGUAGAUUUCAGCAGCAUCCCGAAGGUUUGUCUGCUCAACCGGCAACACUGACUUGACUUUCAACCAGCUGUUGUCCAACGGUAGUUUGUAUAAUGCAUCCAGUUAGACCAAAUGUGGAAAGUAGCAAUGGGAUCCACUAAUGGUUGUUGAUCUAAACUUCGGCUCUGGAUGCUGCUUCUAAGGAAUCAAAUGGUUUGACGUUGGUCUGUGUUCUAAAUUCAUGUCACUCAGUUGGACUUCUCAGUCCCCUUAGAGUCCAUCUCUCCUCGGCCUUAAGUCCCCUUUUACUGUUGGAUUCCAAGUUGUUAAACCAAGAGCCAAUCAGAUAGUUGGAUUUCACGGUUUGUUUGGUUACACAUAAGAGACUUUGUUGGCCAGCGGAUGGAAACGUUUGGUUAUUUCUUGAAUGAGUCAGGUUCAGCGUUUUGGGGGACACUGGUUUGGAGACGAGUUUUAGUCCGGCCCCACCAGUCACUUUGACGGACACCCAGCUGUCGUCCAGGGAUGUUUAAGAUUCCUAUCCUAUUUGCAAAAAUUGCCAUUACCAAGAAAACGAAUCACCAAAACUUUGGUUCGUUACCCUGAUAGUAAGGUCAUGUAUUGGUUGGAGUAUUUUCUUGAGUUCAGCCAAAACGUCUCGUGUCAUUGAACAGUAAACUGUUCCGACCUGCUGACAACAUAAACUCUCACAAGAUGUCAGGGGAGCUUUCCAACCCUCAGAACCUUCCCCUUCCAGGGCCGGAAACCCAAACACCUUUUCUGCUUUUGGAUUCAAACUCCUUCAGCUAUUUUUCUUAAUGGACAUCUGGCGAUUUGGCUCCAAAAAUGACUUCUAAUUAUGGCUCUUUUAUUUUCGGGGACAGCUGUCUCACUGUCUCCAAUCUUGUGUGAUGAAUUGGCACUUUAGAAAAAGAGACGCCAUCAUUGUGGGCACUGAUCCAGAAUCAGAUCAUGGUCACCCUGGAUCUUAAAAAAACAAUGAAUCAUAUCAGGUCUUUAACCUGCAGAUGUGAUCGUUCCUGAUGUUUUUUAAUGACCUCUUUAGAAUACAAAACGUGUCGGCUUUGGUGUGAAGGACGGUGAAGUCAGUGCCAGGAUGUUCUUCUCACCUGAAGACAUUUCCUGCUUCUUAUCGGACAACAAAGCUUUUUCUUCUUGAUCAGUUUUUUUUCUUUUCAUUUAGUUUUUUCUCUGCAUGGUAAUCCUGCCUGUUGCAACGAGGUCGUCUUUGUCCGUGUGUCUCAAAGUGAUUUGGUCGGAUAUCUUCAGAUAGAGAGAGGCUGCUGUGGUUUCUGUGGAGUCCCAUAAACGUUACUGGCUUGUGUCCUCAUCUCUUUAGCAUUGAUGUAACUGCCGGUAAUUAUCACAGCUUCAUCAUGUAGGUCAUUUUGUCACGGUAUUUCUCCUGGGAGGGAUUUAUUUUUUUUUAGGACUGAGCAUGCAGGCCCUCUUUUUUUGGCGACUCCCUUUCCCUCAAAUUCCGACUCUUUCUCAUAUUUAUGUCUGGGAAUUUCCCUGGACAACCACAGGUUUUUUUUUUCUUCCUUUUUUUUCUUCUUUUGGGAACAAACCAGGCAAACCUUUAAAAAGCUGCUACCACUUCUCUCUGCAUUGUUGUAGCAUGAAUCUAGGUGGAGACGAGUACACGGAUGAACCUUGAUGUCAUAUUAAAAUGUUCUCUUCUAAGGCCAAGUGUAUCAAACAUUCAGAGAGCAGACUCGUCUCUCUCUCUCUUUCUGGGGUCAGUGAGUGCAUGGUUGUAACGUUGUCAAUGUUUGUUGUCCUGUUCUCUCGCAAAAAAACGCAUGACAGUGAUGGUGAUGAUGAAGAUAAAUUCUCUCCUCUUGUUGUCCCUGUUUUUGAACAUCUGUCACGAGGCGAAGGUCGGCGAUGGUUCAAACUCUUUGUGACCGAUCUCUCGACAGCCGGUUCAUCCGUCUCUGGACUGAAUCUUUGGCAGAUGUUUGUGCCUGUCGAAAAAUGAGCCACCGUAGCAAAACAGAGCGCCAAAACUUUUUGUGUAAAAAAAAAAAUAAGAAAAAAAGAAAACCUCUCCCAAAGAUGUCACAUUUGCUACUCGCAGCACAGAUUUUGUCCUUCACUGUUCUGGCGCCAUCUGCUGGUGGCUUCGUGCGCUUGCAGGUGAAACUCAAAGAAUGAAAAAUGAGUCUAAAUGAGAGGCUGUUUAAACGGAUUAAUCUCCUCGUUUUUUUUGUUUAUUUUUGUCAGUGAGUCGGUGUGUUGAAUCAAAGGUUCUCUUGUGCACGUUCUGUUUUUUCUACAUCAGUGUUUUUUGGUAAGAACCCUCGGAUUGCUGCCUCACUAUUCUGUAUAUAUAGAGAAACACACACACAUCACACACCUCACAGAGCUUAAAGACAUACUCGCAUAACCCGCAGCUGCGUUAUUUUGCAUUUACUCUUUAUUUUUCUGAACAUGAAAGAUGUUAGCGUUCUUACAGCAGUAUAAAGGUAUGAUUACUUCUCUAGCGGGGACGGGCUAAUCAGACAGACGAUGCAGAUUUCGAGGGGCUGCAGACCUCCCUGUACAUCAGGACCAGCCAUGAAUUCUCAAUGAUGCCAAAUGUUUUUUGAGCAGAGAACAUCUUUUAAUCUGUCUCUCUCUCUCUCUCUCUUCUCUGUCUCCUCCCCCCCUCCCCCCCCCUCACCCCCGUUUCUCUUUGUACAUUUUUAUUUUCUAUUUAUUUAAAGCAGAAUUAUAUGGAUUGUAUCGAGCAUGGAAAGGCAAAACAAAUGUUACAGAUGACAAACAAAUCACAGGCUUUUAUUUUACAGCAGUAUAUUUGUUUAUUCUAGGGAUCUGUUUUUCUCUCUUGUUUUUUUGGAAGAAAUAAAAAGUCAUUUUCCAUUCCUA